AUGUUCACGGCUCUUCGUGUGUUCAACCUCCUCGUGUUAGAGGAAGGUGAGGAGUAUCUAACCGAUUGCCCUUCUUCUCUGAGUUACUCUCAUCCCUAUGCAGUUCGCUUGUCGGCUGUUGAGGCGACCACGUGCGCGCCUGACUCAGCUGGUCAGGAUGUUUCAUCACGGGAUUUGUCGUUUCGGCAGGAAACGCUCCAGCGUCUUCUUCAGCAGACCCUUCAGCACAGUCCGCCCGAGCGGGGUCGUUUGCGCGUGUGUAGCAAGUCGCUUAUCUUUGAUUCGCACCACCCCUCUGCAGAUAUCAUCAAACUUCCUUUCAAACGUAUUCUCUUCCUCCACCCCUUGCCUACUCCGUCCCAUGGUGCCCCGGGAGGGUUCUCAUCGUUUGGGGCUCCGACGGGGGGCCGAGCAGCUGGAGGGGGAGGCCGUCCAUCCGAGGGGAGAAAUUCGACGACGCUUUUGAUUGGCGCAAGUGAAAUAACGCGCGUGCCCAUUCAGCUCUUUAACGGAAAAACGCGUUGCGUUCGGCCGUUCACGUCUGAUUGUGCAUCUUCUUCGCCUUCUCCUCCUGAGCCCGACCUACAGCGGGUGCGCAGCGGUGACGCAGGCGCCUCUUUGGCCACGCCCCGCCCUUCUUCUGGGAGUCUAUCCGGAGGGUUCCCUCUUGCAAACAUCUCGUCAGGCGCCAUCGCAUCGUCGCUGUUUUCUUCCGGAGCCUCGACGGCGCGCACCUCGUGGUGGCCAGGCUCUGGAACGGAGAGUGCGGCCGGCAGUCCGGCGAACGUACAGCCCGGAGCGAAUGGAUCAUCUGUGUCCCAGUCUCCUCGGGUGUUUCUGUUCCUUCUUACUUUUGAAAGCCCUCGCCUCUCGCCUCUUGGGUCAAUGUCUUCGGCUGCGUACUCUGCACAGAGUCCAAGCUUGGGCCCGAGGGGCGGGGUUCCGUCGCUGCCGGCUCUCAUAGACGGCCUUUGGCGGGCCAACAAUGGGAAACCCCUCAUUCCACACAUACACCGGCCGAGAUCCGUUCAGCGGCCGGUGUCUGAUUGGGGGCACGGAAGGGCAGAAAGCGCACAAAGCGGCAAGAGUGGAGAGCGCAGCGGCACGUUCGGAGGUGGCAAGGCAGGUCUUGAAGGCGGCAGUCGAGACGACAAUCACGGGGUCAUUGUCGAUACAGAGGAGUACGCGAGUGAACAGCUGCAUGCUUUAACACAGCAUCUGACGUUCAGUUUGGCAGAACUUGACCAUCGAGAGCAACUUCUCCUCCCUUCGAAUAAAGGGUACUGGGUCCGCCGCAUCAGGCCUCUGAUUCACCAUCGCGGCCUUCUCCUGCUGACGUCGUCGGCAGUCUAUUUUCAGCCACACCCGAAUUUCACAAACAGCAGCACAAAAGCCUACCCCCUGCAGUCGCUGCUCCACUGCUUUCGCCGCAUUCAGUGUUUGCGCCCAAAUGCUCUGGAACUGGUGCUCUACUCCGGCCAAGACUCGCCGUCGAGCGCUUCGUUUGCCACAUCGGGUUUUCCCUCCUUCGCGUCUGACGUGGACUCCCCCGGAGGGACACACACGCGAAGGGCCCGCCAAGGCCAGGAUUUCGGGGAUCCCUCGGGUUCCGGAGACCGAGACGCAGCCGCCACUGCAGAUCGAUGGGCGGGGAAAGGCAAGACGAAGCGGCCGUUCAAACUCAUCCUCCUCGAGUUCGAAAACGAGGACGAGAGAGAAAUCGUCGCCAGGGCGCUACAGAAGCAAAAGCCUGAAGCCUUCUUGGUUCAGUCCUCCGUCCACUACGUUGAGUGCAUGAAGCAGCUUUGGGUGAACGGCCGAAUUUCGACCUACCACUACUUGGACUUUCUCAACUGCAUCGCGGGAAGAAGCAAAUCCGAUUACAGUGCGUACCCUGUUUUCCCGUGGACGAUCAUGCGCUUCCUCCCAACAGACACUUCUGUCCCUCUUGAAGAUGCGGCGAUGCGCGAUCUGUCCAAGCCUGUUGGGGCACUGGAGCCGCAACGCCUGCAAGCACUGCUCAAAAGGAUGAAGGAAAUCCAAGUGGUGGACUACGCAGCGGCGCGUCCGGUUUCUGACAUGCCGGGAGGCUCGUUCGAGGAGAGCAACGGGGCUUUCAGAGAAGACAGGAAAGAAGACCAGAACGCGAGUUCCUAUCUGUACGGCAGCCACUACAGCACUCCCGCCUUCACAGUUCACUGGCUAGUGCGUCUCGUGCCUGAGUGCCAACUUCGUCUCCACGGCGGACGUUUCGAUUCUCAGCAGCGGAUGUUCAACAGCAUGCAGAGCGCAUGCAAAGGCGCGCUGACGGGCCAGUCGACCUUUGUGGAGUUGAUUCCGGAAUUCUACGAGUUCGAUCCGUCUUUCCUCGUGAACCGUUUGUCGGUUUUCCUUUCUCCCUUGCCGUCGUCCCUCCCACUCUUUCCUUCUUCGCCGCACAUUCUCCCUCGACCUACACAGCAACCCCCCGUUGCUCUCGCCGACGUGGAUCUCCCACCGUGGCCUGCGCAUUCAACUGUCCUGGCGCAUGCGCCGAAUUCCGACGCAGACUCAGCUGUUUCAGCUGACGAUGGCCCUUCGAGUUUCGGGUCGCACGCGGAGACAGGGGCGAUCAGAGGGGACGGGGAAGAUGGCGUGCGUCGGUUGUCUCUCCAGAGAAAUUCCGUGCAGAGAGAAGGCCAGAGAAGCGAGCUCGGACCGCGAGGAGGCGAGCGCGGAGACGCUGCCUCCUUUCUGCUGCACCUGCGCCGAGCUCUCGAAGGCACCUGGACCAGCAAACAUCUGCACAACUGGAUCGAUCUUAUAUUCGGAUACAAGCAAACCGGCGAGCCAGCGCGACUCGCCCACAAUGUCUUUCACCCUCUGACCUACGCGAAUGCGACGGCGGCGGCGGCGACGGGGAGUUGCUGUCCGUUGGGCGCUCAGCGGCCGCACCUGUCUCCUGCAGUGGCGACAACGCUCCACCAGCUUCAGCCGAGUGCUCUGCAGGUCCAGCUCCAGGAGUUUGGCCAGACGCCGAUUCAGCUGUUUGGCGAGCCGCACCCAAUGAGACUGGCGUGCCCACCUUUUGACGCCUGCGCGUGGAGCGAAGCAUGUGGACAUUUGACAGGCGACAAAGGCAGCGCAGGGGUUUCGCCCGUGUCUUCGCCGCGGUCUGGGCAUGCGUUCGCCCCGCUCGCGUACGCUUCGCGGUCCGCCGCGUCUCUCUCGCUUCCCAGCUCGUGUUCGGUCCGCAGCACCAGCAUGUGGGGCGACAUGCCGUGGUUUGUCUUCAUGCACCACAACCGGCAUCUUCUGCAGGGCCUUCUCGACGCGCCGUCCGUCGAGCGGUCGCUGUCCGGGCCGACGCUGAGACUCCCGCAUCUCGUGAACCACCACCGACCUUCCCUUCCUUCGACGUUCUCCGACGAAGCGUCUCUGUCGCGAUUUCUCGCGAAGCGUGGCGGCGCGAGCGUCCUGUCCCUGCAUACAGGAGCUGGUUCGGAAGACAGAGGCGAACCAAAAACGCAGAGGGUGCACGGCGUCGCGGAGAAUGGAGAAGGCGAGCAGAACAGGUCGAGUGACGCGUACACCCAACACGGCAAGGUUCACGCGUUUCCACAUAACCGAGGCGCGUCCUUCCCUGUUUCUGCGCACCUACAGAGAGAAAGGCCAGGAGCCUCUCGCGACAGCGAGCCGUGCCCGCAGACGCCCCACGUGAGUGCAGGUGGGCAUGCGGCUGCAGCGCCUCUCUACGGCCGCGAGCGAGAGGCGGCUGUCUCUGCGUCGGGCCUUCAGAAACCCGCUUCGUUCCCGGCUGUGAAGCCGUUCGGCCUAGGGCCUGCGAGUGCGGUGCACUCACCCUGGGCAGUCUGGUUGGCGGGUGAGAAGGAGCGCAGAAGGGUCAAGCUCUCCAAGUGUCCAGCGCGGGCGUCUCUGACCGGCCUCGCGCUCUGGGGCGAGACGGCCUGCUGCAUCGGCCACGACGGGAGCGUCAUGUGUUUCCAGCUGAAAGACGCGCUCUGUCGGGGGGCGCGCGAAGGCGAGGUGGAGAAGAGCGCAGAGGACGGGGUGCGGGGACCGCAGGCGGAGACGACGCCGACGGGCGACGAGGGGAGCGAGGGGCGGUCUGGAGACCAAACAGACGGGCGGGACGACGCGCAGGUCGGGGCUCUGGGAACCGAAAAACUCGAGAGAGAGAGCGGAGAUCGCCGGCAAGAGGCCGACGGGGACCGCGACCACACGCAGGAAGAAGACGAGGGAAGAGUCGACGGCGGGUCUUUGCGGUCUCUGGCCGUGUAUCGCCUCGCCGCUGUUCCCCUCUGUAGCGCGACAUUUGUCGGCAGCAGCGGAGUCAUUGCUGUCGGUGCGUUUGACGGGAGCAUUGCGCUCCAUGGGAUCCACUCGCCGCAGGUGGACGAUUUCGGCGAUUCUGCGUGCGAGUUCGAGGACGUGAAAACGCCGGCUCGGCCGUUUGCCUCGACGGCUGUAAGGGGGACUGCCUCUGGCUCGCCGGCUUUCGCGGGCCUCUCUCCGUUCUCCUCCCGCGGAUCUGUGACCCCGUCCAACCUCGCUCUCUCGCGCCCCCUGAGUCGCCAGGUGUGCCACGCGGACAGCGUCCUCGCCCUCUGCUACAAUCCGGUCCUCCGUCUGUUGAUUUCGUCCUCCUCCGACGCGACAGUUCGCGUCUGGGAUGUUUCUGCGCUCGCCUCGCCCUGCCAGCAGCCGUCCAAGUCGCUCCUUCUCCUGCAAGUCCUGGACGAUCACGAAGGCGAGGUCACUGCGGUCGCUUCGCACCGCCAUCUGGUCCUCACGGGCAGCGAAGAAGGCCUGAUGCUUCUCUUUGACUUGCGACUCCCUUCGCAGCGCUCGGGGGCGGUGUGGAGCGCCCACACGGCAGGCCGCGCGCCGAUUCAGUCCUGUGAAAUCUCGGAUUUCUCAGCUGCAGCCGUGCUCGAUCCCGCGUUCCUCGAAGACCACCCGUCGUGUUACGCGCAGAGAAAAGCGACUGCCUCGGCCUCGCCCCAGCCAGGCGGCCUGGACGGCUUCGAGGCGGUCGGCGGCCGGUCUGUCUACUCGCCGCUCGCCUUCUUGCCGUCCUUUGGUGCCAACUGCGCCUCCCUCGAUUCCACACGCGACAACUGCGUCCUUCUCCCUUCUUCGUACUUCCCCGUGCAGCGGUGGGACUUUCGCCACGCGGGAAAUCCGUCGGGCUUGGCUGCGGCCUCUCAGCGAAACGGGGUGCUGAACGGCGAGGUCGCCCUGGGCGGAGACAGCGGCCCAGCCGAGCGCAUGCGCGGGGACGGCGACGGAGACACCCACGCCCUGUUGCAGCGAAGGGGCGGGCGGCCGCUCUGCGGCUGCGUCGAUCCUGCCGUGCAGUAUGCGUUGUUGGCGGGCGUCAGAAGGCGCGUUAUCGAAGGCGAUGGGGAGGGAGACGGGGCAGCUGGCCGAGAGAAGAGCCGGACACCCAGUGGGACUUCGAACGAGAGGCCUGGGACCCAGGCUCGCGGCGAGGAGCGCGGGGGCGAAGGCCGCGAUGGGGCGACGCGAAAACGGAAGAAAAGCCCUUUUGAGGGCUACCUCGGAUUGUACGAUCUCCGCACGCGCAACGAAGAAGCGACGUGGGCACUCGAACACAUCGAGGAACCCGCGUUUCUCGCCACGGCGCCGUGCGGCGCAGAACUGUCGGUGAUGGGAGGCGGGACUGCGGAGUUUGGAGCCACGGGCCGGUUGAUGGGCUGUAGCUACAUUGCCGUCGGCGACUUGCACGGAAAUCUGGAGCUCCUCGCUGCAGGAGACGGCAUCGGCAAGUGCACCCCCUGGAGAGGAUAG